UGGCGUUUGCAAAAGGUUUGUGUUCAAAGAUUUUUCUGAAAAAAGCUUGAGAAAACCUUAACGUUGUCAACAUGGUCCAGUGGACAGAUGCUGAGCGUGCUGCCAUCACAUCUCUGUGGGGAAAGAUCGAUGUGGGUGAAAUUGGACCCCAGGCUCUGACCAGGCUUCUGAUUGUGUAUCCGUGGACUCAGAGACACUUCUCAACGUUUGGCAACCUCUCCACCAACGCCGCCAUCCUCGGAAACGUCAAGGUGGGCGACCACGGUAAGACAGUGAUGGGCGGGCUGGAGAGAGCUGUGAAGAACAUGGACGACAUCAAGAAUGCUUACUCCAAGCUGAGCGUGAUGCACUCUGAGAAACUCCACGUGGAUCCUGACAACUUCAGGCUUCUUGCUGAAUGCAUCAGUGUGUGUCUGGGUGCCAAGUUUGGCCCCUCCGUCUUCACCGCUUCUGUCCAAGAAGCCUGGCAGAAGUUCAUGGCUGUGGUCGUCUCUGCUCUGGGCAGACAGUACCACUGAGGCUCUGGAGUGGCAGUUCACAUUCAAAUAAUGUGCAGCAGUUACAUGUCAGUGUCAUCCAAAAUGUCUCAUGCAGUGCCUUGAAGCUGCUGCCAAAUGCACCAAAUAAAACUCAAAUUUAUCUGA